AUGGCCUUGGAUCCGGUCACAGCCAUCACGCCACCCGCCUACCUCGCCAUUGGGACCUGCAACAAAGUGCACCCGAACACCAAGUGCAUUGACCUCUUCAAGGUGCAGCGCACACACCGGUUCCGGCGCAAGCCCCGCAUAAACGACGUUGUGCUCGACAAAAUGUCGCGUGCAAUCAGCCGGGUGCACCGCUCGAUUGAGGACCACUCCGCGUGGGUUGCGGUCAAGGUAACGACGUUCUGUGGUGCCCCCUUAUACCUCGCGCCGGAAGUGGCUGCGCACGACGCGUUCCCUACACGGGACGGGUUCUCAAACCUCGUCGACAGCCGUAGCGUCGGCGUGAUUGUCUUUGCCAUGCUCACACAGGGCACCCCAUCCAACAAAGACCCGCCGGGUGGAGUGGACGCUCCUGGACAAGUACGGUCCGAGCGGUUCACCCACAUGCUUCUUGCGAAUGCAAGCGUCUCCGAGCACCAAUGCCAGCGUACAAUUACCCGCCGAGAGGACAGCGCACCGCCAGAGGAGCUUCUCAGGGGUGCGGAAGGGACGCUGGCGGACGACGCGGGCGCAGGGUAG